AUGACCACGCAGAACGGCAAUCUUAAUCCUCCUCCGCAGAAGUUUUUUUUCUCCGCUCCUGCUACGCUUCUCACACCGACCUCCAGAGGCACAAUUACCAUCAACACAACCGAACCUUUCGAUCAACCCAUCAUAAACUUCGGUUGUCUCACCACUCCGUUUGAUCUGUUCGCACUCCGUGAGUCUGUCAAGUCCAUUUGGCGUUUUGUCAGCGCGGCAGCCUGGAAAGGCUGUAUUCUCGGUCCUGCGGUUACCAUCUCCCCUUCCAGCUCAGACGCAGAGCUCGAGUCUUAUAUUCGGGCAAAUGCUGCACCCAACUAUCACGUCGUAGGAACAGCGAGUAUGUCACCUAAAGGGGCUCAUCAUGGAGUUGUCGAUCCCGAUCUGAAAGUCAAGGGCGCAACCAACCUGCGAGUCAUUGAUGCGUCUAUCUUACCCUUUUGUACCGGCGGGGAACACAAUGGCCCCCGUGGAUGCUGUGGCAGAGUGGGCGGCUGA